CUUGUCCCCUACUGCUCGACUCAUCAGGUAGUCAUGUCAUCCGGUAACGUGCUUCGCGCAAGAGCCUCUCGUAGUUGUGGUAACUGCCGUGCUAUCAAGCGACGCUGCGACCAACAGGUCCCCCAUUGUGGACAAUGCAUUCGCAUGAGAGAGGCUUGCCCGGGGUACCGCGAUGAAUGGGAACUCGUCUUCCGCGACCAGACCGACCGGACCAUCAAGCGAUCCAAAGAGAAAAGGGCGAAGCAGAAGGCCCUGACAGGGGCGAACCGCUCGACUCCACCCCCUCGUGAGCUGGGGGCCAACGUGGACCAGAUCGGGGUCAACUUCUUCCUGCAUAACUUCAUCACAAGCGACCAAUCCCCGUCGCGUGGAUAUCUCAACUACAUCCCUGUCGUUUUUAGCGCUGAUGCCGAGCACCCCACUCUGCUAGCCAGCAUGGCGGCGGUUGGCCUCGUGGCGUUGGCAAAUUCCUCCCGACGACCCGAACUGGUGAAACACGCGCGGGUCAAGUACUCCGAGGCAAUCAGUAGUGUAAACGCCGCACUAGCAUCCCCGGUCGAGUGCGUCAAGGACAGCAUCUUGAUGUCGGUGAUCUCGUUGGGGGUGUUUGAAUAUGUCUCCAACUUUGAGUCGUGGGUGCGACAUGUUCAGGGAGCGGCCACGCUGGCCAUGGCCCGCGGCAAGCGCCAGUUCACCACCAAGGCCGGAAUCCUCAUGUUUAAUCAGCUCCGUGCCGAUCUGAUCAUUGCCUGUAUCCAGGCUAAUCAACCCUUCCCGGAGGGCAUCCGAGAGCUGCAACAAGAAGCAGCCCGACAUGCAAACACUCAGAGUGGCUUCUGGAUGCUGGGGGUGGUAGCCACUCGGGUUCCCACCCUGAUGUAUAACGUCGGAGAAAACAAAGGGGAGGUUCCUUGGUCUGAUCUCCUACAGGAAGCGGUUUUACUUCAUCAGGACUGUGAAUCCGUUUUUGCCUUCCUUGCCAUCGAAGAACCUUACACAAUCAUCCAAGACCCCGGGGCGGACCCGAACUUGGUUCACGACGGUCGGUUUGAUCUCUACCGCUCCUCCUGGGCGAUCCGAGUCUGGAACAACGCGCGGUGUAUUCAAAUGGUUGUCUGUCGGAUUUUACUGUAUCUGUUGCAGAAAAUGUUCGCCACAGACCUCGACCCGGUUACCCGGCAGAGGCUGAACCGGCUGUUUCACGACACGCAGCAAACCCUGUCCAAGCUAGGGGACGACAUACUGUCGACAGCUCCACAGGUUUUAGGGUUCGUAUCCUCGGGCCCUGAACGAACCGUCGCUUUCAAUCCCUCCGCCCAGCCCAGCGUGUCGGGUUGUUAUACUCUGGUCUGGCCUCUUACAAUGGUUGGAAGAUGUCCGGUCACUGCCAGUCAUUCUCGGAAGUGGAUUAUGAGGCGUCUUCUGGAUAUUGGGGAAAGUGCAGGCAUCUCGUUGGCGCUGCAGCUUCUUGAGGAGGUUGUCAAGGCAGAUCGAGUA